AUGGGACUCGAAUUCAGACGCCGAGACUACCGAGCCGAAGAGCAGUCCCACUCACUUCCGCGCGUCCCCGCCGAAUCUCAUCCGCUCUCUGCUCUCCCUCCCUCCUCCUCUUCCUCUCCGUCGCCUCGCCAGGUGAAUUUAUUGGAUGACGGAAAAGAUGAUUUCUUUGAUCCACUGAGGUCAAUGAAUGGGAAGAUGGAAGUUUCUGCCAACAUUUUGCAACAUGAAGAGAUUAAAUCUGACGAGACAGUCCCCAAGGAAAUUUAUGCUCAAUCACAACAGAAGGAAUGGAAUUCUUUCACGAAAAUUUUGAUGCAACGAUUCCCUGUUUCUAAAACAAUUUCGAUAUCUUUGGUAGCCAGCAAAGAUAUGAAGGGUAGUAAAGCAAAUCAGAAAUCAUUGAAAGAUUCACACUUGGAGGAAUUGGAUGAUCCUCAAAAAUUUGCUGAAGAUGUUAAUGUUAUCAGUCAGCGGGAGUAUGUCUCACGAUUACUUGAACUCAAAGAUGAAAUCAAACUUGCUUGGCAUGCAGAUGACCGUGUAACAUCUUUAAGGUUGUCAAUUAAGGUUGCCAGACUUCUUAUGGAUACAACCACAGUCCAGUUUUAUCCAAAUCUUUUUGUUCUAGCAACGGAUAUAAUGGAAAUGCUAGGUGAUUUGGUAUGGAAUCGCAUUAAGCAAAGGGCUGAGUUCAAUGAAGAUGGGAGAUCUAUUUGCCCUUUGCCAGAUAAUUUUGAAGCAGGUGAUAUUUGCUAUGAUGCCAAAGAGAUCUGCAAUAACUGGUUCUGCAAAAUUGGUUCAGUUCGUGAGCUCCUUCCUCGCAUCUAUCUGGAGCUUUCCAUGUUGCACUGCUGGCGCUUCCUUCUUGACCAUCCCAUGGAUAGCCUUCAACGCUUGGUUAUGAUGACAAGGGGCAUUGCUGAUCCGCUGGUGUCGGCCUACUGCCGCUUGUACUUGGCACGAUGUGCUCAAAGACUGCCACAAUGUGAUACAGGAUAUUUGAUUCGUUGCAUUAAUGACCUGAACGUGCAAUUAUUGCGCCUUAUAUCAGCGAGAGAGAGCACUUCAGGAAAUUUUUCUGGAAACAGUAAAUUGCUUGUUAGCCUGAUUGAACCGACUAUUGAGUAUAUCAUAAAAUGCUUAUUCAAGGAUCUAAACCAGAUGGAAAUCAGAAAUAUGCUUGAGGCACUUGGAAUGAGGAGAAACCAAUCAGACUCUUUUGAAAACUGUUCAUUCGUCUCAAUAAUUCUUCAUCAUAUACUGAAGGAACUUCCUCUUGGAUUCCUUUGUUCUAAUUCUUUCGAGAUGCUUCAUCUCAUUGAACGUACUGAUGAUUUCUCCUUCGAACAGUGUUUGAAUUACAAAUUACUUGGAUUUAGGCUGUGUGAAAGGAUACCUGAAGUCAGUAAUGUCGAUCUAAUAGUAGAAAAAAUUGUCCAGGUUAUAUCUAGUUACAACAGCCUGGAUGCUUAUUUAAAGGUUGCGGAUGCUUAUUUGGACAUAAUAUUCGAGAAUCAGUUUGAAACUUAUCUAAAUGUGAUCCUGGAUGGCAUAUUUCAACGUGCACGAGAAGAUGAGAUUGGCGAAAAUGAACUGGCAAGCUUGCAGUCAAUUUUCAUGAAACUUCUUACACAUUUUGCCAAUAUUGAAAACAUAUUAGCUCUGAGUCAUUUCAUUGACAUCUUAGAUGUGAUGUAUGGGAGCUCAAGAAACACUAUCAAUAUGCACAUUCUUAGUAUGGCCACAAGGAAUGGUUGUGUACGAGAUCCAACGGUCAUUGAGGUUCUAUUUGAAGUUUCUCAGGCCUUGUGUGAUGGUGUAGACUUCUUAAAUAUAAGGAAUGAUGAUUAUCAACAUCCGGCACAUCUGAUUUCCCAAUUUGUAUAUAUGGUUGACUAUGGUCCGGAGGUCGAACAACAUUUAACUUUUCUCACUGAAUGUCGUGCAGCUUUUGGAAGCAUGAGUGUACUCCAGGAGACCCUCGUUCACUCCAGCAAUAAUUUAGCUGUUAAAUCCAUGAGAGAUGGAAAUAAUAAUAUCAAUUUCAUCAAAUCUUGUCUAGCAUUUAAUGAAGUUACAAUACCUUCUAUUCUCACUCGCCGGAGACAGUUGAAUCUUUAUCUUGAAACAGCUGAGGUUGCUUUAUUGGGUGGCUUUAUUUCUCAUUCGGAUGUGUUGAUAGAUGCAGCAGUCAAUUGUUUGCGAAAUGUAGAGCCAGAUAAUGGCUUGCUGGUGCCUGGUGAUGUUGAUGGGAUAAUCUCGUUAAUAUGCAAAUUAUGUGGCAUCAUGGUGAUGGUUCCAGGGAGCCUUGAACAAGGAGUUGCUUGCAUCCCAAAGCUUGUGCUGUCUAUCCUGGACUCUCAAUCAUGGAUGUUGCCAAGAUUGAAAAUCAAGGUGUCAUGCGCAAUCAUUUCAUUGUCUGCAGGAUUAAGCCAAAAUCCACUUCCAUACCAUGCAUCCAGCAGAGAGGUAAUGGGCAAUGACAAAUUGUUCUUUGGUUUACCGGUAUAUCCUCAAGAACUUUUGUCAUUUUCUGCUGUUAUUCUUCAGAAAAUUUUGAAUAUUGUUUUGGAAGAGACUUCUAUGGUUGUUCGAGGGAAGCUUGCACUGGAAGCUUGCAACUGUAUAGCAUCAUCCUUUACAAUGUCUGAUGACAUGUUGGCAGUUAACUCGAAAUUACUCGAAAUUGCAAAGUCAUGCUUGAGUGCAGAUGACAAGUAUUUAAGACAGUUAGAUGAAGAUGAAAAGCCAGCAAAUACUGGUGGUUACCGUGCUGUUGUCCUCUCUUAUAGAAACACUGAUGAUUAUGCUGACCAAAGGAAUGAUGAUGCUGGGUUGGAGCUGUCUAGAUUUUCCCCUUCCUUCCCUGUUCCUGGAAGCCUUUCUCAAACCUUGUCAAAAGCAAACGACAACAGAUUCCAUUUUGGACAAGAUGAUCCAGUAGGACAAAGGAUGGACAAGAAAGCUCAUGCACUUGAGGAUGGUGAUUCUUCAUCCUUGGGUUAUGACACUACAUUUGAAUUUGACAGGAAAGAGAACCGCUAUUCUUCAGAUUGCCUGAGAGGCAUCAAGAAUCCAAAUUUGGGGAUAAUUUCAAGCACACUUUUGAAUUCUAAUCAUUGCCAUAGCAGUAAAGAUAACCAGGCUUCUAGUUUAGGCAGUCGUCCUUUUUCUCAACCUCAUGGCACAACUGAAAAGUCUGAUAGGAAUGGAGGUCAUAAUGUUUAUGUUCCUGCUACCAAGACAAUUGCUAGAACAACUGCUCUUGAAGUUGCUGGUGAGGCUGAUUCUUCUGAGGCACACUUGACCAAGGAGCAAAAGCUGAAAACUGAGAGGCUCAAAAGGGCUAAAAUGUUUAUCGCCAUGUUGAAAAGUCUAGCUGUGCCCUUUAAAACUGGAACAUCUCGUGGCUCAUCUUUACAACCUCAAGAAUCUGGACUCUCGAAAUAUGCUUGUGAGGUUAAUCUUACUGAUGAACAACGAGAAUGCAGCUCAGCUCUCGUAGAUGUUGAUAAGCUGGCUAUUGAUGAAAAGCCUGAGAGGGAUAAUUUUGGUGAGGAGCAUAAUGAGAGAAUAUCAAGAAUGAAGUAUAGAUCAAGAUCUUGGGAAUGCGAGGAUGAGGACGGUGAUGAAAAUGGAUAA